GGUUGUUCAACAUCGUUCGAGGGAGCGGAGAAGGCAUGGUUGACAGGUGGCCAGGCAGACCCCGGAAACACUAGUGAGAGAAUGCGGUCUCUUGGGUCCCCAGCAGUUGGAACGCAAAUCGCCCUGAUGGGCACCGGCAGCUCUACGCGGCCAUGGUGGCCACUGCCAUCGCUGCUGCUGCUGCUACUGUUCCUGAGCCCCGCGAACGCCCAUGCCCAGGAGGACGAGGACGGCGACUAUGAGGAGCUGGUACUCGCCUUUCCCUCCGAGGAGGACGGCCCAGGCGAAUCGUCCCCGCACAUGUCCACUGCCACCUUCCAUCGCUGCGCCAAGGAUGCCUGGAGGUUGCCGGGCACCUAUGUGGUGGUGCUGGGGGAGAGAAGCCACCGAUGGCAGACAGAACGUGUGGCCCGACGUCUGCAGGCCCAGGCAGCCCGCCGGGGUUACCUCACUAAGGUCCUGCAUCUCUUCCACGACCUCUUUCCCGGCUUCCUGGUGAAGAUGAGCAGUGACCUGCUGGACCUGGCCCUGAGGUUGCCCCAUGUUGAGUACAUCGAGGAAGACUCCUCUGUGUUUGCCCAGAGCAUCCCAUGGAACCUGGAGCGGAUCAUCCCUGCACACUACCAGGCCACGGAACAAAGAGCCCCCCAUGGAGGUGGCCUAGUGGAGGUUUAUCUCUUGGACACCAGCAUCCAGAGCAGCCACCGGGAAAUCGAGGGCAGGGUCACUGUCACCGACUUUGAGAAUGUACCUGAGGAGGAUGGGACACGCUUCCACAGACAGGCUAGCAAGUGCGACAGCCACGGCACUCACCUGGCAGGGGUGGUCAGCGGCCGGGAUGCUGGUGUGGCCAAGGGUGCCAACCUGCGCAGCCUGCGCGUGCUCAACUGCCAGGGGAGGGGCACUGUCAGCAGCACCCUCAUAGGCUUGGAGUUUAUUCGGAAAAGCCAGCUGGCCCAGCCCGUGGGGCCGCUGGUGGUGCUGCUGCCCCUAGUGGGUGGCUACAGCCGGGUCCUCAAUGCUGCCUGCCGGCACCUGGCAAGGACUGGAGCGGUGCUGGUGGCCGCUGCGGGCAACUUCCGGGAUGAUGCCUGCCUUUACUCCCCAGCCUCAGCUCCAGAGGUCAUCACAGUUGGGGCCACCAAUGCCCAGGACCAGCCAAUGACCCUGGGGACUUUGGGGACCAACUUUGGCCGCUGUGUGGACCUCUUUGCCCCAGGAGAGGACAUUAUUGGUGCCUCCAGUGACUGUAGCACUUGCUUCGUGUCACAGAGUGGGACAUCACAGGCUGCUGCCCAUGUGGCUGGCAUUGUGGCCAUGAUGCUGACAGCUGAGCCCGAGCUGACCCUGGCCGAGCUGAGGCAGAGACUGAUCCACUUCUCUGCUAAAGAUGUCAUCAACAAGGCCUGGUUCCCUGAGGACCAGCGGGUACUGACUCCUAACCUGGUGGCUGCACUGCCCCCCAGCACCAAUUCAGCAGGAGGACAGCUGUACUGCAGGACGGUGUGGUCAGCACACUCAGGGCCCACACGGACAGCCACAGCCAUGGCCCACUGUGCCCCAGGCGAGGAGCUGUUGGGCUGCUCCAGUUUCUCCAGCAGCGGGAAGCGGCGGGGCGAGCACAUCGAGACCCGAGGGAGCCGGCAUGUCUGUCUGGCCCUUAAUGCUUUUGGAGGUGAGGGUGUCUACGCCGUUGCCAGGUGCUGCCUGCUACCCCAGUCCAACUGCAGUGUCCACACAGCUCCUCCAGCCAGGGCGGAUAAGGAGACCCGUGUCCACUGCCACCAAGAGGGCCAAGUCCUCACAGGCUGCAGCUCUCACUGGGAGAUAUCAGAUAUUGGCACCCACAGACGACCUGGGCAGAGGCCUGGAGGGCAGUCUGACCAGUGUGUGGGCCACAAGGAGGCCAGCGUCCAUGCUUCUUGCUGCCAUGCCCCAGGCCUGGAGUGCAAAGUCAAGGAUCAUGGGGUCCUGGGCCCUGCAGAGCAGGUCACUGUGGCCUGUGAAGAGGGCUGGACCCUGACUGGCUGCAAUGCUCUCCCGGGGGCCUCCCCCAUCCUGGGAGCCUAUGCGGUGGACAACACGUGUGUGGUGAGGAGCUGCGACAUGGACACUGCAGGCAGGACCAGUGAGGAGGCCACAAUAGCCACUGCCAUCUGCUGUCGGAGCCAGCCCCCAGGCCAGGCCUCCCAGGAGCUACAGUGAAAGCCCAGGCCAGCAUGGAUGCCCGGGUGGGGGCCAGGGACUGGGUGCUAAGUGGAUGAAACAGCUCUACCAGCCUGGCCCUGCUGGCACUGGCCAGGGGUGGGGUGCUCCUUGCUUGGGAGAACUCAGCAUCUCUCCCUGGACCUUCCUCCCCAUGGAGGUGCAGGGAAGUCCCUCCUUCACUGGGGGAGCAGAGAUGGCCUUUAAUACAUCAUUAAAGCGGGUUAAGUUGUGCUCGGCUCUGCCAGCUGCUCCCAAGGUAUCACCCCCCCUUCAUGGCAGUUACCUUCUAGAGCUCUCUUGCUGGUGCCAGGCCCUCAGUCCUCCCUUGGGGGCUGGAUGGGGCCAAGUAUCAGCCUGGGGCAGCGAGGGUGAGGAUGUUGGGGGUCCUUUACUGCCUGCUCUCUUUAGAGAAGCCCCUGGGGUCCCUGAGGAAUAAGGGUCAUAUCCCACAUGUUCUGGGGAUGGGAGUGGAGUGAGGUUCAGGCAGAGGGUGGAGACAGAGGCUCCUGGUUAACACAGGCCAUGCCUCAGCUUCUUCCAGCCGCCCUUACUGUGCUCCGUCUUAGACUUUGUAACUGCCCAGGAUCACCUGCAGUGAGCCACCACCCCAGGACCAGCUUUUCAAUUUGCAGUGGAGGGCCACAUGAUACAUGCCCCCUCAUCAGACCCCCUCUACUGCCCUGCACUGGCACUCCUACUUUAUGAAGGAAGACACUGGAAAUGAAGGUGGGAGUACCUGCCAGCCUUACACAGCCAGGAAGUGAAGUGGUACCAGGAUAUGAACCCAGAGCCAUCUGGCUAGAAGCCAAGCCUGUUUUUGGUGUACCAGGCUGGGCUCCUCAAUUUUAUAGAUAACAGUGAGGCUACAAAGGUGAAGGUGUCUGCACCCUGCUUGCUGUGGAUAAGGGCCUCCACUGUGGCCUGGUGUGGAGGUCAGUCAA